AUGGAGAGAAAUGAGGAAAAGUAUGAUGUUGAGAAGUUUCGUGCAAUUAAGGACUAUAGAUUAGCUUGUUUCAUGCCCAGUUUCGAUCGCAUUCCGCGGAAUCUGAAGUGGCGCGGCGGGGAAAGAGUGCUGGACAUUGGUUGUGGUCCUGGUGACAUAACAAAGGUGUGCAUUUAUCCUAUACUCCCGCAGAAUUAUGAAAAGCUGGUUUGCUCUGACAUUUCGCCAGAAAUGCUCGAAGUCUGCAAGUCUGUUUUCGCCGGGAUUAAGAGUGUUGAGUUCCUACAAAUGGACAUCCGAGAGAGUCCUGCGGAAUCUCUCAAGGGCACCUUCGACAGGAUCUUCUCGACAUUCUGCUUCAUGUACGUUGCCGAUCAGGAAGCAGCCCUGAAGAAUGUCUUUGAUCUCCUUGCGCCAGGCGGAGAUUGCUGGAUCCACCAAUUGUCUCGUCCUUCAGUUGUGCUGCCGCUCUUCAAACUCGCUGAAUCUCCGAAGUGGAAGGACAAAUUACAAGGAUUUAGGACUGUGCAAAUUUAUCCAUUUACUGAAGAUCCAAACCCAGUUGCAACUGGCGAAAAGUACAUGAAAUCCGUCGGUUUCACCGACAUUUCAGUCAGCAUCGUUGAAUCUCAUGUCCAAAUGGAAUCCGAGGAAGACUCGUUAAUUGAGAGUCUCCCAAAUCCAUCGAAGGACUUCAAUGAAGAAGAUAAACAGGAACUGCUGAAGGAUCAAAUUGCAAUUGCAAAAUCGUUGAACUUUUUCAAAAAUAAUUCGACAUCAGAUCCCAAAAAAGUACCAGAACAAUUUCUUGUGAUGUAUGGAUUAACAGGAGCAUCUUCCACUGCCGAAAUGAGGAUCACCACUGAAGGAGAUCAAGUAGAAGAUGAUUUACUCGAUCGUGGCGCGAAGCGAGGGCAAUAA